AUGAAACAUCAUUCAGCAUCUCAGACGUGCAACGUCCUAAAUCAACAUCUUGAAGAACUUCAUAAUCAACAUACUGUUAAGUAUCGAAAAUUAAAAGUAAACAAAAAGGGAAGAAAUAAAAAGGAAGAAGAAGAUACACAAAAAACAGAAAGUGAAAGGUCAGAACCAAAGGGUUUUGAGGCUGAUAUGCUUUAUGACUUUCCGAGAUAUGUAUUUAUGGAAAGGUGCAACGACUUUGCUUUCGUCUCUCGUCUCAUAAAAGAUGAGAUUUGUGGGAGGCGUAAUGUGACAACAGAAUGA